CAGCUCUACUUGGGCUUCCCGAAAAGCCCAAUACUUCGUCUCUCUUUAUCAAUAAGAAUAAACCCUAGUCUCUCAUAAAGCAGAGUUGCGGCCAUUAGAGUUUGUAUUGUGCUCAGAAGCAGCAGCAACAACACAGAAAAUGACUUUUAAGAGAAGAAAUGGAGGUCGUAACAAGCAUGGACGUGGCCAUGUCAAAUUCAUCCGUUGCUCAAACUGCGGCAAGUGCUGCCCUAAGGACAAAGCCAUCAAGAGGUUUCUUGUUAGGAACAUUGUUGAACAAGCAGCAGUGAGGGAUGUUCAGGAAGCUUGUGCUUUUGAAUUGUACACUCUUCCUAAGCUGUACUUGAAGAUGCAAUAUUGUGUCUCAUGUGCCAUUCACUCCAAGGUUGUUAGGGUUCGUUCUCGUACUGAUAGGAGGGUCCGUGAGCCUCCACAGCGUUUCAGACGCCCAAGGGAUGAUCUUCCUAAGGCUGGUCAAGCUCCACGCCCAGCCGGAGGUGCUCCUCCUGCUGCUGCUCGUACUUAAGUGAACAACUGCCAUUAGGCUAUUGUUCUUUUUUUUUGUUUAAUUUGAGCAAAAUCUUGUGGUAUUUUGAGAUGUGUUUUUGAAGUGGAAUUUUUUAAAUUUAGUUUUACUUGGACACCAUUAUUUUUAUGCUUGCAAAUUUUAUGAAAUCAGACUUAUGGUCCAAAGUUGUUUGUUAUA